UAUAUUCUUCGCUUCAGAUGCACUGUAUACGCGCCCGGUCUGGGCUAUCCAAGGCCCCAGAAAGCACAGAGCAAUUGAGGCGUCGAGGGUUUGCGGAGCUUGGGUUGCGGAGUGUUGCGCAACCUCAGGAGAUUCCGAGCUCAACGCGCGACUGAAGUUCCUCAGCACCGGAGGACCGCAACCCAUGAAUACAACGUCUGCUCUUGCAAGCUGUUUAAAACAACAGAUGCAUCCGAACUCACUGUGUUUCACUCUUGUCUUGCGUUCGCCAUGGGAAACUCAAGCUCUGUCGUCAGCUCAUUGCCAGAAUCCUUCUCAGGUCCAAUGAACUCGCUCUACGACGCGGCAGGUAAAAAUGCUUACAACCUUGUCGGGCUUGCGGUUCUCGCUGUUGCUGUUUCGUGGUUCACAAAGAGGCCCAAAGGCCCAUUCCCACCUGGCCCUAAGGGGAUCCCAUUCUUCGGAAACGUCUUCCAGCUUCCACAUUCGUUUACAUGGUUCAAAUUCACGGAGUGGGGCGAACAAUAUGGUCCCAUCGUCGGACUGAAUAUGGCUGGUCAGCCUAUGGUCGUCUUAAACACCGGCAAAGUCUGCGCAGAUCUUAUGGAUAGGCGCUCGGUCAUCUACUCGGAUCGGCCUCGUUUUAUCAUGGCGUCUGAAAUCCUCACUGGUGGUAUGCUUGUUGGCUUUGCGAACUACGGAGCAGUGUGGCGGAGACUGAGGAAGGCAGCUCAUCUUGGGUUACAUCUGCGUGCUGCUGAGGCCUACUACCCGAUUGAAGAGCGCGAAGCCGCAAUCCUUGUUCAGGAUCUGUUGCGGGACCCGGGAUCAUGGGAUGGCCACAUUCGUCGAUCGAUUGCUUCUACCAUGUUCAAUGUCGUCUAUAACGGUGAAUCCCUUGCUACAAAGGACGAUCCCACUGUGGCCAAGAUCAACGCUCUUAUGCACCGUGUCGUACAAGCCGCACUUCCAGGAAGGUUCUUGGUCGAAAUCCUGCCGUGGAUGCGCUACCUUCCUGACUGGAUGGCGUCUUGGAAGAGAAAGGGCAAGGAGAGCUUCAGGCAAGACUCCAACAUGUUCAAAGGAUUCCUUCAAAACGUCAAGAACGAAGUCGCCACUGGUGAUUACAAACCUACAUUCGGCUCACAUCUCGUCUAUCCCGGUAAUCCUCACGGUCUCUCGAAAGACGAAGAGGCCUGGUUGGCUGGUAUCAUCUUCGGCGCUGGAUCAGAUUCGACAGCGGGUACUCUCGGCUGGUUCAUGCUCCUCAUGGCCCUUUAUCCCGAGGCUCAGGCCAAGGCGCAAGAGGAAAUCGACCGAGUGGUAGGAAGACAUCGUCUUCCUAACUUCGAAGACCGUGAUAGUCUUCCGUAUGUCGUCGCCUUAAUGAAAGAAGUGCUUCGCUGGCACCCCGUGUCUCCGCUUGGUCUCCCCCAUCGGCUCACUGAGGAUGAUUGGUACGAAGGCUAUUUCUUGCCCAAGGGCACAAUUGUCGUCUCCAACAUCUAUGGCAUCAAUCGUGACCCGGAGUUCUUCCCCGAUCCCGACGCAUUCCGCCCGGAGAGAUAUUACAAUGACGAUGAGGAUCUUACCAAGAAGGCCGAAUUCGACGACACCCAUGGGCAGGGGCACUAUUCGUACGGCUUUGGACGCCGGGUAUGCGUCGGCAUGAACCUCGCCAACAACGCACUCUUCAUCAACAUGGUCAGUAUUCUCUGGGCGGUCAACAUCAAGUGCCCUGUUGGACCAGAUGGGAAAACGAUAGUCCCAGACCGGAAUAAAUUCAUUGACGACGGACUCGUUGUCCGCCCGGAGCAGUUCCAGUGUAUCCUCGAGCCCAGGGAGAAUGAUGUCAGUGCUAAGCUAGGCAGUGCGAAUGCUCAGGCUGUGUAUUAGACCUUGUAUUUACCGGCCAAUCAUCACUGUAUUAGCAUUUCUUUCGUCAGAUCUUGGUGAGCCAUUAGUAUUUAUGCAUAGACGUCGCAGGCAAUAUAGUCGUCCGUUUCCUCCAUCACCGAGGCUGUUUGUGUCGCCUGAAUCUUGAGGAAAU